GUGAAUUUAAUAAAAAUUUAAAUUUGCAUUCUUCAGAACUAGCUCUUGCCACCACUAUUUAAAUGGAUGCAUAUAUCCUCUUUAUUCUCACAAAACAAAACUAUCCAACACAAACAUAACUAAUAAAUUUCAUAAACCUCUUUCUUCUAAAUCUAAUGAAGUCUUUUUCUUUGCUGUCACCUACACUUUUAUACCUUCAUCUUCUUUUGCUGUUUACCUUGAAUUUAAUGUGGUUUGACACUAAUAACAAUACUGUGGCAGUGGCUGCAAUAUUAGGAAACCAAACAGAUCAUUUUGCAUUGCUCAAAUUCAAAGAAUCAAUAUCCACUGAUCCAUAUAAAACUCUUGAAUCUUGGAAUUCUUCCAUCCACUUCUGUAAGUGGCGUGGAAUCACAUGCAACCCCAUGCAUCAAAGAGUUAUAGGGUUGAACCUAAAUAAAUAUCAGUUACAUGGAUCGUUAUCUCCCCAUAUUGGUAAUCUUACUUUUCUGAGAAAUCUCGACCUUGGAACCAACAGCUUCUAUGGAGAAAUCCCAAAGGAGUUAGGUAAGUUGCUACAAUUGCAAUAUCUUUUUCUCAGCAAUAACUCUUUUGUUGGUAAAAUUCCUACAAACUUGACAUAUUGCUCCAAUCUCAAAUACUUAUUCAUGGAUGGGAACAAACUGGUUGGCAAAAUACCAAUUGAAAUUGGCUCUUUGAAAAAGCUUCAAAUGAUGUCUAUUUAUAAAAACAAAUUAACUGGUGGAAUCCCUUCAUCCAUAGGGAAUCUUUCAUUUGUAAUGAUGUUAGAUUUUGUUCGUAACAACUUAGAAGGAGAUAUUCCACAAGCUAUUUGUCGCCUCAAAAACUUACAUUAUUUAGGUUUGGGUGAGAACAAUUUGUCUGGAACCCCUCCAUCUUGUCUUUACAACAUCACAUCACUUACUAUAUUUUACAUGCCAAUGAAUAACUUUCAUGGCCCUCUUCCACCCAACAUGUUUCACACUCUCCCAAAUAUCAAACAGUUUGGUAUUGCAGGAAAUCAUUUUUCAGGUCCAAUCCCCACUUCUAUAAAUGCAUCUUUUUCCAUUACUCAUCUUGAAAUGGCUGACAAUAAUUUUGUUGGACAAGUUCCAAGUCUAGGAAAGCUAAAAGAUUUAUACCUUUUGAAUUUGGAACUCAACAAUUUAGGUAACAAUUCCGCUGAGGAUUUAGAGUUUUUAAAACCUUUGACAAACUGUAGUAAAUUGUAUAUAGCUUCUUUUGAUCAAAAUAACUUUGGAGGCGUUCUGCCAAAUUCUAUAGGCAAUUUAACCAAUGAGCUUAAAAUGCUAUAUCUUGGGGUUAAUAUGAUAUCAGGAAAAAUUCCUGCUGAAUUAGGUCGUCUAACUGGCUUAUUGUCAUUGUCCUUGAUAUCUAACCACUUUGAAGGAGUUAUUCCAACUACUUUUGGAAAGUUUAAAAAAUUGCAAGCGUUAAGUUUAAGAAAUAACAAGUUGUCAGGAGAUAUACCACACUUUGUAGGUAAUCUCAGUCAAUUGUAUCUUUUGGAUUUAGGUGAUAAUAAGUUUGAGGGAAAUAUUCCUCCAAGCAUAGGAAAGUGUCAACUGUUACAAAUCCUAGAUCUUUCACAUAAUAAGCUUAGAGGAACCAUACCUUUAGAGGUUUUUAAUCUUUUUUCUUUAACAAACCUCUUGGACUUGUCACAUAACUCUUUGAGUGGUAGCUUACCAAAAGAAGUGGGUAUGCUAAAAAAUAUAGAUUGGCUAGAUGUUUCUGAAAAUCAUUUGUCUGGGAAUAUUCCUGAAACUAUUGGUGAAUGCAUAAGCUUAGAGUACCUCAAUUUACAAGGGAACUCCUUCAACGGAACAAUACCAUUCUCUUUGGCUUCUCACAAAGGUAUGCGACAUUUAGACCUUUCAAGAAAUCAAUUGUCUGGAUCAAUUCCAGAUGUUAUGCAAAAUAUCUCUAGCUUAGAGUAUUUGAAUGUAUCUUUUAACAUGUUGGAUGGUGAGGUACCAACCAAUGGUGUCUUUGGAAAUGCAACCCAAGUAGCAAUUAUUGGAAACAAUAAGCUUUGUGGAGGUAUCUCACAGCUACAUAUACCACCAUGCCCUAUCAAGGGCAGAAAACACACAAAACACCAUAAACUUAGGUUGAUAGCAGUGAUAGUUAGUGUGGUUUCUUUUCUUCUCAUACUUUCAUUUAUUAUAACUAUGUACUGGAUGAGGAAAAGAAAUCAAAAACGAUCUUUUGAUUCACCAACAAUUGAUCAACUAGCUAAGAUUUCAUACCAAGAAUUGCAUCAAGGAACCAAUGGGUUCUCUCCUACAAACUUGAUCGGAUCAGGAAGUUUUGGCUUUGUGUACAAAGCAAAUCUUGUGUCGGAAGAUCAUGUUGUUGCCGUAAAGGUCCUGAACCUCCAAAAAAAGGGAUCUCACAAGAGUUUCAUUGUUGAAUGUAAUGCACUCAAAAAUAUUAGACACCGAAAUUUAGUUAAGAUCAUGACAUGUUGUUCGGGUACAGAUUACAAAGGUCAAGAAUUCAAAGCUCUAGUUUUUGAUUAUAUGAAAAAUGGAAGCUUAGAACAAUGGUUGCAUCCCGAGAUUUUAAAUGAAGAGCAUCCAACAACAUUGGGUCUUGGUCAAAGAUUAAACGUAAUUAUCGAUGUUGCUGAUGCAUUACAUUAUCUCCACCAAGAAUGUGAGCAUUUGGUCCUUCAUUGUGAUCUAAAGCCAAACAAUGUUCUUCUUGAUGAUGAUAUGGUUGCUCAUGUGAGUGAUUUUGGAAUAGCAAGACUUGUCUUAUCCAUUGGUGGCAGCUCUCGGAAGGAUACAAGUUCAAUUGGAAUUAAAGGGACGGUUGGAUAUGCUCCUCCAGAGUACGGAAUGGGUUCCGAAGUUUCCACAUGUGGUGACAUGUAUAGCUUUGGAAUCCUCAUGUUGGAAAUGCUUACCGGUAGAAGACCUACUGAUGAAGUUUUUGAAGAUGGUCAAAAUCUGCAUAACUUUGUUGCAAUUUCAUUUCCUGAUAACCUUAUGAAGAUUUUAGAUCCACAUAUUGUAUCAAGAGAUGUAGAAGUAGCAAUACAAGAUGGAAAUCGUGAAAAUCUUAUUCCAACUAUUGAAGAGUGCUUAGUUUCACUUUUUAGGAUUGGAAUUCUUUGUUCAAUGGAAUCACCGAAAGAAAGAAUGAAUAUUGCAGAUGUCACAGGAGAGCUUAACAAAAUCAAAAAGGCCUUUCUCACCGGUGUUCACGCUCAUAAUUAGAAAUUAAAGCUUAACUAAAUUUCUAAGAUGAUUCGUGGAAAGAGAAGUGUAUUCAGCUUGAAGCAUUGUUGUUUAGACACUAAAUGGUUCAGCUGGCUUGCAUGUGCUUUGCUUAGUUUACUAGUUUGUUACUCUGUUAAUUCGGUUAUGUCAUUUGAUUUUGUAUCAUCGUGUUUAAUGUAGAUUUGCUUAGCUUCAACCUACUAGUUGCUAUAAAUAAAUAAGUAAUCAUGUUGUAUUGUAUUGGUUUCUAAUUCAAUGAAAUGAGAAUUGAUACUUCUCCCA